AUGAACCAGAUGACUGAACCCACGAAAGAGCUGGUAUCAAAGGAUCAAAAAGCAACUUCACUAUGGACACUUGGCUGCCCCGAGCUAAUUAUUCCUGUGGUAAUUUUUCUGACAUCUCUUGCUAAAAACUUUCUAAUUCAAAAGGAUCGAUACGCCAUGCUUUCGUGGUCUGUAUUCGCACUGGAAAUCAAGAUCAAGCGAACUUUUGCCCUUUUGCUCUACGAGAGGUUUCCGUCCUCUCUGAACUAG